GCGGCCGAGCGCUGCCGCCAGACCUUCGACAAGGCCUACGACAAGUGCUACGACAAGGUGACCUUCUUGGCGGCCUGGCUGCUCUGCUGGCCGAUGAAGCUCACUUUCAUCUGCAGCAUCGUCUCGGUAAACAAAAGGUGGGAGGGGGCAUAGCGUAAACAGCAUGUCGCACAACUUGUUCGAGCAAAAGUCUCGGUUCUCGUGAAUGGCUUGCGGACCCGUCGGCGAUCUCAGACGCUAGGGGGAGCGUCCACCUGCGACCCGUCCACGGUGGUCCAGCCUGAGUUCGGGAACGAAUACUCAUCUCUGCAGAAUACCUCGUCCGCGCUCGAGUCUGGCAUGGACGCGCGCCUGCAGUAUGAGGUGGUGACGAUCGCCCCCAUCGUGGACGUGCACGGCGCCGACGACGUGGCCCUGGCCAUGGCACACGACAUGCAGCGGUCCCGGGUCAUCCUGGACACGGCCAUGGGCGUCGCCAGGAAGGUCCUGGGUUUCAUGGUCAUCGGUGUCCUAUUCGGGGCGCAAGACUACCACGACCGCUACUUGUCCGACCUGAGCUUCGACAACCGGUACGUGACCGAGUACUUCCGGCGGCUGGACGCGCGGCGGCGGCGGCGCGGGGCCGGCCACCUGCUCCCGCUGCGCAGCGCCGAGCGGCUGCAGCUGAUCGAGGUACGUCCAGGGACUGACCUCGAUCACCAUCAAGACACGUGUUGUCCGAAAGAAUUAUCGCUGAGUAUGUAAGAGAUGUGCCACAACAAGUUGAGGGGGAAGGGCCUGGGGGCCGUGCGCCGUGCCUUCGCGCUCGAUCGCUCGAUCAACGUCCCUCGCUGCGCGCCGUGUCGCAAAUCUGCUGCAGGCCGUUCGGUUGCACGCGGCCUUACCUGACAUGUCCAGGCGCUCAGCCUCGUCCGACCUGCAAGUCAGUAGUCGUUUUCCCCGCGGAUCUUCUCUGCCCAGGCGCGGUUCAUAUUUGUUUGUCCAGCUGACGGAGAGGGCGAUGUUCUGUGGGUUGCCUAAUUUAAGGGGUUCAUGUGGCCAAAUUGCCUACCUUUACAAGGCCGCUAGGGGUGAACAACUCCCUUUUGAUGUGCAAACAUCGAUUCCCGAAAUACUUGAUUUCUGGUGAUUCCCGUCUGCUUAUAUUUAUUCCUUCGGUUUUCUAAUUGAAGAAUAUGCUUAUUUCGACUAAUUUGUACCAGCUUUACUUGUUUCCCGUUUAUAGUAGUUAAAGCAAUUUCUGCUGACUUAGAUUAAUUUUCGUCUUGAUGAUUCCGAGGCAAGUGUACAUACACAUGAUCCCCGAAGUUUUUUUUUUUGCCCCUCGCAAGGCGGCUUCUUAAGAGCUGACUAGGGAGGCGACCGGGGAGGGGCAGGGGGGUGGUUCGCUCUCCGCCCCUGUCCCCAUCUCUUGCUCUUCGAGUUCCCUCCACUUCCAUCUCCUGCUCGAGCGGCCCAGACAUUUCGCGGAACAUGCGCCCGGGAGCCAUGAGCCACGCGUGUGUUGCGAGCCGUAUUGAGUUUCGCUACACGCCUUCUCGGUUGCGCCUUAUUUGCUCUCGCUGACGACCCGUCACACUUUUCUAGCAAUCGUCCCAAUCCCAACCUUA